UUUACUCUUUCAGAAGCAAAACAGAGAGGAGAGAGAGAGGCUUAGAGAGAGACAGAAAAUAGAGAAAUGGAUAUGGAUGGAAGAGCGGAUCCAAUUCAGAAACCGAAAAUAAAAAUCUCAAAUCCACAUUAGAAUUUCGCCAUCUCAAAUCUACAUCACCAAUCUCACUUUACGUGAACCGUAAAAGCAGUUAGAUCGAAAUUUGAAGAAAAAUCAAGGCGUUAGUCGUUGUGGUUGUGGUUGUGGUUGUGGUUGUGAUUUGUGCAAAAUCCAUCGCGAAUUCAGAAUCUCAAAUGGUGAUGGAAGAUAACGAGAGUUGUGGAAGUAGGGUGGUGGAAUCUUCAGCUGCCAAGAGCCGACAGCAGCGGAAGAAAGUGGAGGUUUACAAUGAGGUUUUGCGGCGGCUGAAGGAAUCCGAUCAUCCGGAGGCACAGGAGCCGACUUUCGAUGAUCAGCUUUGGGCGCAUUUCAAUCGCCUACCGGCCAGGUAUGCAAUGGAUGUGAAUGUUGAGAGGGCAGAAGAUGUUCUCACGCACAAGCGUUUACUGCAUCUAGCUCGCGAUCCUGCUAAUAGACCAGUUUUCGAAGUUCGGCUUGUACAGGUUGUGCCUCUCUUUGAUGGGAAUUCUGGGGAUUCAGUACAUUCACAUUCACCAAGAAGGGGAAGCAUCCACCCCCCACCUGCCUUUGGUUCUUCUCCUAAUCUUGAAGCUCUUGCACUUGAAGUAAACAAAUCUGAAGUUCAAGAUGGAGAUAGUGUCACAGAGGCUGGUACCAAGAUUCCCAGGGCCAUGCAUGAGAUUACCUUUUCAGCAGAUGACAAGCCAAAGCUUCUCAGUCAGUUGACUUCUUUAUUAGCUGAAAUUGGACUAAACAUCCAAGAAGCACAUGCCUUUUCCACAGUGGAUGGCUAUUCGCUAGAUGUCUUUGUUGUUGACGGGUGGCCCUUUGAGGAGGUUGAGCAACUCCGGACUGCUAUAGAAAAAGAAGUUUUCAAGAUUGAGAAAAAUUCAUGGCCAAAUGCGCAAAAUCUGCCUUCUCUCAGUGAAAUUGAUCCACUAUCCAUCAAAAGAGAAGCUGAUCAUCUGACAAUUCCUAGUGAUGGUACUGAUGUCUGGGAAAUCAAUCCUCAGCUCUUGAAGUUUGAGUCCAAGAUAGCAUCAGGAUCCUAUGGUGAUCUAUAUAAAGGUACUUACUGCAGUCAGGAAGUAGCAAUCAAAAUUCUCAAGACAGAGCGAUUGAAUACUGAACUACAAAAGGAGUUUGCCCAGGAAGUAUAUAUAAUGAGAAAAGUACGACACAAGAAUGUUGUGCAAUUCAUAGGAGCAUGCACGAGACCUCCUAACCUGUGCAUAGUGACAGAAUACAUGUCUGGAGGGAGUGUUUAUGAUUAUUUACACAAGCAAAAGGGUACUUUCAAGCUCCCAGCUUUACUCAAAGUAGCUAUUGAUGUAUCAAAGGGCAUGAACUAUUUGCAUCAGAACAAUAUCAUUCACAGGGACUUGAAGGCCGCAAAUCUUUUGAUGGAUGAAAAUGAAGUUGUUAAAGUGGCUGAUUUUGGGGUAGCCAGAGUGAAAUCACAGUCAGGUGUUAUGACAGCUGAAACGGGGACAUAUAGGUGGAUGGCUCCUGAGGUGAUUGAACAUAAGCCGUAUGAUCAUAAGGCAGAUGUCUUCAGCUUUGGGGUGGUUUUGUGGGAACUGCUGACCGGAAAGAUCCCCUAUGAGUACUUGACUCCUUUACAAGCAGCCGUUGGAGUGGUCCAAAAGGGUCUAAGACCAACUAUUCCAAAAAACACUCACCCAAAGCUUGCCGAGCUACUUGAGAAAUGCUGGCAGCAAGAUCCAGCAGCAAGACCUGACUUCUCUGAAGUAAUGGAGAUCUCGCAGAAAAUUGCCAAGGAGGUCGGAGACGAUGGGGACGACAAACGGAAGGAGAGAUCAGGAGGAUUCUUUUCGGCCUUGAGACGUGCACAUCACUAAAUAACAGUUAAUUCAAUAAAAGAAUGAAGAUUUUUUUUUAAUUUAGGGAUAUUAAAACUCACGUCCAAUUUUAGGGUUAAUUGCAUCCCUUAGUCCAUUUAUUCUAUUUGGCAUUGUACAGUAUCCCUUUGUUUUGAGGUUGUACUGCAUUUCAUCUUACAACUUUUGCAAUCUUAUUAGUAGUUUUUAUUGUGAGGUUUUUCAUGAAAAUCAAAUGUAAACACUGUGACACAUCAUACAAGAUUAAGUUUGACUCUACUCUAUAUUAAAUUUUUGGGGUUGAAAGUUCA